AAAUUUAAUUUUACUUUUAUAUUAACCAAUUUACCCUAGUGUACUCUAUUAGAUCUAUUUCGGCUCAUCAACGGCCCAGUUAUGUCGCAAAAAUAUGUCAUUUUAUUUUGGACAUGAUAAGUCGCGACAAAACAAAAGGGGUCGUGCGAUCUGACUCAAAAAGCUCAAUGUUUAUGUUUUUAAAUUUGAGUUUGUUUAUAUAAUUGCAUGAAAUGACAUAUAGACAUCCAAAUCGAUUAUUGAACAUUAUUUAUUGAUCUAUAAAACAUAUAUAUAUAUCCAUAUAAUAUAGAAUAAUAAAGAUGAAUUCACAGGUACUUCCUAAGAAGAGAGGUCUUGGGGAUUCUUCUUCCAGAAUACCUUCUGAAUAUAAUGGUUCACCCGCUGUAAAUACCCCAAAUCCAUCAAGGAUCAUUUCCAAUAGAAUCAUAUCAAAUAGAACCACUCCUGGAAAUCAAAACAAUAGAAUCAUAUCAAAUCAUAGAGUAUUAUCAAGUUCAAGACAUGUGAGUCGAUCGCUUAAUGCAGCCGAUGAUUCCUUUAAUGAAGAAAGUGCCAUUCAUUUCAAUGAAAACAAACAUACAAUCUUAUCUAAUUUUGAAGAAUGGAUCAAAAUGUCAACUGAUAAUAAAAUCACUAGUAAAAAUUCAUGGCAAUUUGCUUUAAUUGAUUAUUUCCAUGAUAUGAAUGUUAUAAAAGAUGGUGAAAACAUUAAUUUCCAAAGAGCGUCUGCAACUUUAGAUGGUUGUGUAAAGAUUUAUCUGAGUAGAGUUGAAUCAGCUGCUACUGAAACUGGUAAAUUAUUAAGUGGGUUAGCAAAGAAAAAGGAAUUAGAAGAUAUAGAAGAAAAUGAUGAAGAUGAAGAAAAUGAAGGUAAUGGUGAUCAAAAUAAGAAUGGUGAAAAUGGUGAAAAAGGUGAUGAUGAAAAUGAAUUUGAUGAAUACGGUAGAAAGAAAAGAAAAUAUAAUAGAAUAGUUGAAACAACUUUAGUUGAUUUUGAAACACUUCGGAUAAAGAAAUUAGAUCAAGAAUUAGCUAUUGAUCCUUUGUUUAAAAAAGCUUUGGCCGAAUUUGAUGAAGGUGGGGCUAAGAGUUUAUUAUUAAAUACCUUGAAUAUCGAUGCAUCAGGAAGAGUUGUCUUUGAUGCUACUUCUAAAUCAAUAAAUGAUUCUGAGCCUGUUGAUGAAAUAGAUGAUGAUGAUGAUGACGAAGAAGAUAAAGACAACGUUUCAAGUCAAGUUAAUAAAGAAAAAGAAAUUAAAUUAAAUACAGAAGAUACUGAUAUACUGAGUCUUAAACGUUUCAUAUUUAAAGGUGAUGAAGCCAAUUUUGAUGACUUAACUAUCUGCCCUUCACUUAAUGAGUUUCAUUCUGCUAUUGAAGAUAUGUCUAAAGCCAAAUCUAUUUUAAGUGAUUUUAAUACCAAAAUAACUGCAGCUGUGGAGGAAGCAGUUGACGAAAUAGAUUAUGGUGACAAUGAUGGAAAUUAUGAUGAUUUUGGUGGAUAUGAUGACGGUGAUGUUGAAAAUGGUGGAAUAAAUGAUGAAAGUGGAAACAACAUAACUGAUGAUCCAUUAAAUAAUAUAAAUCAUAGUAUAAUGCAAAGACUUUUUAAUGAAUCAGAAGUACAAUUACAACCUGCUAUUACAGCUGCAGCUAGUACUGAUUUAUUAGAUAAAGAUCUUAUGGCAUAUUUUGAUGAAAGAAUGAAAUCAAAUUGGCGUGGACCAGAGCAUUGGAAAGUUGCUGCUUUAAAGAAUUCUUCAAAAGUUGUGUCGGACGAAAAUGGUGGUGAAAAUAAAGCUGAACAAGCCAUAACAGGUGGUCAAAGAAAGAAACCAACUCAGGUAGUUGUUGAUUUUUUUGGUGAAGAUGAAGAUGAAGAUGCUUUAUUUGCAGCACCAAAGUUUUUAUUAACCAUACUUAAGAAGAAGGAAACAGUUAUAUCGGAAACAAUUUUACCAGAUGAUAUUAAAUAUAAUUCUGCAAGAUUGACUAAUCUUUUCACUAAACCACAAAUUUCAAUUGUUUAUUUCCCCAAGAAAUCUUCAAAUAGUGAAAGACCCGAAUUUACAGAUGAAAAUUAUUUUGCAAAUCAAUAUGAUAAGAAAGAAGAGGAAGAACAAGAACAAGAACGUUUGGCUCAAUCUUUCCAUCAAGCUGAAUAUGAUGAUUUCAAUAAUGAUUUUGAUAAUGGAGAUGAUUAUGGUGCUAUUGACUUCAAUGAUGCCUUAGAAGGUGAUCAUAUUGAUAAUAAUGAAUCUGAUGAUAAGGACAAUGUUGCUACUGAGCAAAUUAUGGGUAGAAGACGUCCAGAGUAUGUUAACUUUUCAAGAGUUGCGAAAAGAGUUGAUGUUAAGGCAUUAAAAGACAAUAUAUGGAAGUCUAUAAAGAAAGAAGAAACUACACCCGUAAUAAAAGAUGAUCAAGAAGAAGAAGAAGAAAAAGAGAAGGAACCUCCAUCGAAGAAUUUCGGAGAAUUGGUUAAUUCCGUGGCUACCAUGUAUGGUACAGAACAAAGAAAGGAUUUAUCAACAAGUUUUUAUUUCAUUUGUCUUUUACAUUUAGCAAAUGAACAUGGAUUAACCAUCAAGUCAAAUGAAACUUAUGACGACUUAAAAGUCGUUGGCUUUUAAUAGGAUAAUUAUUUAUACACAUAGCAUAGAAAAGACUUAUUAAAUAAAA